AUGGACUGGUUCGAGUACACGACUUACCUGAGGUACCAACAAACGCAAUGGAAUUAUUUCGAAAAGAACAAAGUGACCGAGAUGAUGACCGGGGUGAAUCGGUACAGUAUUGAAGGACCGUACCAAAGCUACAACUACAGCCCGUAUUUCACGGGUUACUACUAUGUUUCCUUUUCGCUUUUGGACAUCAUCGACCUGGUUCUCAGCUUGCUCUACCUGAUUGUGAUCGGCUUCACCGAUUCGAGUCUGGGCUUGUACACGACACCGACCGGAUUCACGAUCUGUUUGCGCAACGCUUUCUUCUGGAUCAGACAGAUUUCGCUGAUGAUUGGCGCGUUUUCAGUGUACGUUUUUAUCUAUAAAGAGUUG